UCACUCGUUCACCACUAAUGACAAAAUUGUUAUGUACUGACACUGGAGCAACAGGCAAUAAACAAAUGCGGCAUACCGCAAUAAUUACUUUUACAUUUUGAUAACCAAAGUGUUGACUUAAUCCUGAAUCAGCGUGGAUUAAAAACAGCACGUCCUGAUGAUCUAUCAAUUAUUCCGCCUUACCACGAUAUGUCGACUGCAAGCUUUUCAGUGAUCACCGGACAGGCUGACACCGACUUGUCGAACAAGGACAAAACUUUAGGAAUUCUAUAACGGAAACGGCAUCCUUGAUAGUGCAUCUCUCUUUGUUUUUCGUAAUGAGCUUAAACGUUUUAACUUUGCUGCGUAACUUUCAUAUUUUUUUUUACGAUCUUGGCUUUCUGUAUGGUCUUUCUCUGACUUCCUUCACGUGCCAGAUUCGUGUUUUCUUGUGAGCCAGGUUUAAAUUCCCACGCUAGAAUACGAUCCUAGUUUUUAAUGGGUUACCUGCCUACGGUUUCAAUAAACAAACAAUAAACCAGCGGAAGUGACCGCUGGAUACCCUUGCCCUUGAUACGCUGCGAUCGCUCAUUUGAACUGCAACCCUGGGGGUGUGACGAAAGAGCACGGAAAUAGCAUUCGAAUUUUCGGAAGUCACUUCGAUCGCGGCGACUUAUGUUGUUUGUUUUGUUACCAGUAACUUUUGUCAUUGUCUUUUCAGAAUUUUACUUGUUUUCGGUUCUUUUAUUCGGGUGACACUGCGAGAUUAUCUAGAGCAUAUUGUCUUGGUAUCGUACUUAACUAAUACAUCUCCUGUAAGAUGACUGAGAAAUCAGAGGAAGUUGCCGCAAAAGCCGAAUGUGAUGAUGUUGAGAAAAAGGCGGCAGGUAAUGAAGAACUAUUGCCAGUCUUAAAUGAUCUUGACGAAGCAGAAAAACCGAAUCCAUUGUCUCCGGAAAUAUUGGCACAAGUCGUCGAAAAAUUACAAGGACUUGGACUAUCAACCAUCGGCAGCGGCCCCGUUUUGCACAGUCGCUUAUCCUUGUUCGAAAAACGAAAACCUGGCCUGAAACCUGAGUAUGCACUAGACUACCUGAUUGUGAUUGAUUUCGAAGCCACGUGCUAUGAGAACAAACGAGCUGGCACAUAUGAGCAAGAAAUUAUAGAAUUCCCAGCCGUCCUCAUCGAUAUACGCAAUCGGUGUGUUCUGGAUUCGUUUCACCGGUAUUGCCGACCCGUGAAGCACCGAAUUCUAUCAGACUUUUGUAAGACGCUGACAGGAAUAUCGCAGGAACAAGUGGACAGAGCUGACUCCUUUGCGGUUGUGUUAAAGGAAUUCGAAGAGUGGCUGAUUAGAUACGAUUUGAAUCGCAAAACCCGAUGGUGUGUUGCCACAGAUGGGAGCUUUGAUAUCGGUCUGUUUUUAUCGUGGCAGUUGAAAGCCAGCCAGCUAUCCCCUCCGGCGUAUUGUAAAAUGUUUGUCCAUAUUCCGAAACUCUUUCAAUGGAUUUAUCUCUUCAAUGAUUCGAACAAGGAGCGCGCUGGAAUGUAUGGCAUGCUGGAGCAUUUGGGCUUGCAGCCGGAAGGACGAUUGCAUAGCGGCAUCGAUGAUGCACGGAAUCUGGCUCGUAUCUGUCUGCAGAUGAUCCAUGAUGGUGUGCAGUUUCGCCCGACGGAUGUGGCGUAUUUCCACGAAGAAGACGAAAAGAAGCGCGAAUACUGCUGUAAAGUUGUCCCGCUCAAUAAAAAGAAAUGGGUGACCAUGCAUAAAAAUACCAUGAGUAGAAUGAAUUUUCGAAAGUAAGGAAAUCUGCAGGUUAGUUAUUGGGUUUGUGGAUCGAUGCUUUGUUUCUGUUUGGAAGCUACCGCACAUUUUGUAAUUUAGAAGCGUUACAUACGAGUUUAAAAUGCGGGUUUUUCUAAAUUCGAUUUUUGAAACUGUGAUGAUGUUUUUUUACAGUUUUGCGCUUUUUGAGUUAUCGUCUUGCAUUUGAGACUUUUCUGUGUCUCCCACGGUUGUACGGAUUUACCUGUGUCAAAAUUGGAAUGUGCUUUAUUUAAUGACUGUGAGUUUUCGUAGACACC